CUUAGAGCCGACUCGUUCACGAACGAGCCAUCACUACCACACAUCCAGUGCUAAGCACAAGUGAGAUAGGGCUCUGCUUCGUUCAUCACAGGCUCGCACACCCUGUCAUCUCCAGCCAUUCAUUCUGCCCUCCCUCGCUUCGGCGCACGCUGCAUUCCUCUGGUAGCUUUUGGAUAGCGCAUAGCGAUGUUUCUCUGCAGAACGGCCUGGCAAAGAUGUGGGCAUUUGGCAAGGAAGUCAGCCUACCAGUUAUCUAGAGAUGUACUGCCACGGCGACAGAUGUCGUCGCUCCCCGGUGGUACUGGUGAUAACAUCAUCUAUGCCCUGCUGUGUGGUGGGGCCUUCGUUGGAGCUGUCGCCUAUACGUACAGCACUGUGACCACAGACCACGCCAGAUUCACCGACCGUGUAGCGGAUAUCAACGCUCGUCCCAAGACCGAGUGGGUUCCCAAACCAUGGCCCCCCAAGAGCAGGGAUGAGGAAGAGGAGGGUGAGGAAGCAGUAGCCGAUGGAGAGGAGGAAGCAGAGGAGGCGGCGGCUGGAGAGGAGCCUGCAGCUGAAGAGGCUGUAGAGGCGGAAAACGUAGCAGAACUUGCUGAAGAGACCGAGGCAGUCUCUGAAGAACCUGCUGUGGAGGCAGCAGUAGAGGAAGUGGCUGUAGUAGAAGCAGAGACUGUGGUGGAGGAGGUCGCAGAGGCUGUCGCCGAGGCUGCUGAAGAGGUCGUUGAGGUGGCCAUGGAAGUAGAGGCGGCAGCAGAGGAAGUGGUCAUAGUGGCCGAGGCCAUGGAGGAUGCUGCAGAGGCCAUUGCCGUGCCCGCCUUCCCCGAGGAAGCAGUUGCUGUGGUAGAGCCAGAGAGCAAUGGGCAAGCGACGGCUGCUUAGGAUACAGAUGCUGUUGAACCAACUGACAGUAAGCACUUGGAGCCCCUGGAUGAUAUAUCUACUCUGAGGAAGACAAGGGAUGUGCCUUCCCCCACACUUGAACCCUUCAACACGCUUUGACCCCUGACAUUCUACCCUUGAUUUUUAUCUGUAGUAUAAAACUUUUCUCCCUGUCUUGCAUCGGCGAAUUGUCUGUGUAUAUGUUCAGAUAAUGCUUGCUUUAUGGAAACAAACAUCUGAUAUAUUAUUCUAAUGUACUCCACCUGUUCCAAGAAGAGGUACAUCUUCCUCUUGUAUCACAUUGGAGACGUUUAGAAAUGGUCCAUCUAUGUAGGCUUCACAACCGAACCUAGUACAAUGUAGUACAUAGUACAAUGUAGUACAUAGUACAAUGCAUUACUCUUCUCACCUUUUUAGAUGCGCACAGUCACAAAACAACUGUGAGUUUACUACUGGUUCAUCUGCACAACCUUUGAACGGAGACUGUCUUUCUCUCAAUGGGAGUUAUAUUUUCUUAGUAUUCAGUAUGGUUGCAGCUGUGAAGGCUAAGGAUACUCUCACAGCAUAGUAUGUCAUAGUUUACUUCACCCAAGAAACCUCACACUAGACUCACUCCAAUGGUGUCUUCUGAUUCUCACCAUCCAAGGCAAUACUACACAUCCGAUGCUCAGCCAGCAAUUGCCUCAUGGCCGAGUAGGAAUGUGACCAGCAUUUUUCAACUAUCCUCAUGUUUUAACUCUUUGGGCUGAUUCCAAUGUGCUUUUGGAAAUCAAAUCAAAUCAAAAAAUCACUCUAUUUCUGAGUCACUGACUUGUUUUUGGGAGACCAGAUCAAUUAGGCUACCUUACCAGCUCAGUAUUCCUCCAGCUUGUGAUCCACAGACCUUUUUAUUAAUGCAGUAUUACAGUUGAACAAACCUUUGCAGUUGCAUGCCAGACAUGUGAUUCAUAUUGGGAAAAGAGCAUGACAACGAAUCAGUCAGGUUUUUACAGUCGGUGAUGUCUCUUCAAGCUAGACUCCAUUGCGUAGUCCAUGAUGUCGCUCUUCAAGAUUUCAUAAGGCAGACAUUUUCAUCUCUCUUUUAACUUUCUCCCUCCCCCUCUGUUGUAGAGCCUUUCUGUUCGAUAGUCCAUUUAUUUAUGUGACCCACUAUAGCUUAUUGUGGUGAAAAGCUGUAUCUGAAAUAGGAAACGCCAUGAUUUGAGUGUAUAGCAUGUUUUCCUAGGCUGGUAUAAACAGUUGUGUUGUGCUUGUUUUUUUUUUACUCUGCAGUCAGGCUUGUGUGGUGGCAUACAUUCAGCUUUUCAAAUUAGAUGAUUUACUAGUUAGUUUAGAUUCCUAAAUACAUGUUCGUAACUUUGUCAGAACCAGUUAAAAUAAUCUGCAGGCCCUACAAGGCUUUCACUGUAGACAUACUCUACAUAUUUGUUGUAGGACUAGUUCUCUUCUCACUUUCCUCACAAAUUUUAUUUUUGAUAUGUUAGGCAUAUUUGAAACGGUACCGAGACCGUUGAUAAGUGAAUGUAGGAUCAUUCCUAAUUAAGGAAUGGGAUAAUUCGGGGUGUAUGUCCUAAUGUUUGCAGGCAGGUUUUGAAUGGGCUAUAUAGUGGAUGGCUUCACGCUGUGCAUCUGGCCUAGCAUGGGCUACAAACUGUGACUAUUUGAAACAUUUCUGUUUUUCUGAAAUAAAGGAAUAUUUCAGUUUUGUC